AUGGCAGAGCCGAUGGCUGGAGGGUGGUCUCCUGCCAAACCAGCCACUCCAAAGGUUCAGGUGAUCACUCAGCAGGUGAAGAGCCAGCUGGAAAGCCAAGCGCAGCAGAACUGCUCCGUCUUCAGGGCUGUGGAGUACAGGAGUCAGGUGGUUGCUGGCACCAACUACCUCAUCAAGGUCCAAUGUGGCGAAGGAGAGCAGGAGGACGCCCACCUGAAGGUCUUUGAGGCCCUGCCUGUCUCCGGAGGCCAGAUCGUGCUGCAGGGUUACCAGCUGGGCCACGCCAGGAGUGACCCCCUCACCCCCUUCUAG